AUGGAAAAUAACUUUGAAGUUUUGGGUUUAGAAAAUAACGCCCAAUCCCCAUUAAUUUGGCUCAUUCAUGGCGCUGGUGGUAGUCUCCGUCAUUUCGACACUGUUAUACCGAUCUUGACAGAAGCUGGCUAUCGUGUCUUGGUUAAUGAUGUGCGGUAUCAUGGUUUAUCUCAGCCUCUUGACGGCGCUGAAGGACCCUUCGAAUUCACAAGUGUCAUUCAAGAUAUGGACUCAAUUUUGCAAAAAGUCAAGCAGAAACAUUAUCCCGAUCAUGAUAUUAACUUAUUUCUCGGUGGGCUUUCAAUGGGUGGAAUCAUCUCUUUGUUGUUUGGGUCGGAACAUGCCAGUAAAUUGGAAAGCGAAAAAGUGAAAUUACAAGGUAUUAUCCUAUUAGCAUCAGGCAUUCCCUACUUGGAAGUACCUCGCCUAGGCUGGGAUUUGUUUAAAACGCGUCAAGCAACACCCGAAAUGUUAGAGGGUGCUAGAUUAGCAGUGAUGGCUUCAGCUAUUACAGAUUAUGGUCAGGAACAAGCCAAGUUAGCCAUGGAGCAAAUGUCACGUCAUGCAUUGUAUGAAUGUUUUGUUGCUAUUGCAGAAAUGUACCCAACACCUGCUACACCACCCAAUCCAUACAAGCUCUUGACAACGGUCCCCAUGUUACUCUUGAUACCUGAUCAAGAUCCUUAUACAAGAAUUGAAAUGGAAGCCUUGCAUGCUGUCAAUCAACAGGAAGGCGUGCUGUCUAUAAUUAAGACAGUUGAAAAUGCUGGCCAUUUAGUGACUUUAGAUAAGGGAGAUCAAGUGGGUAUAGAAAUUAGAGAAUUUUGUUCCUCUAUCUUAUAA